AUGCCUACCACACCGGAUCUCCAGGACCAGACACGUGCCCAGCUCCAGACCCAGCAGGUCGACCCCUGGUUACAGCACCAGGCCCAGGGAAAGGACCACCGUCAGCUCCAAGCCCAGACCCAGCCUCUGACCCACAGUCACAGCACCUCCUGCACCCUCAUCCCCUCAAAGACAGAAGCUGCGAAGGACCACUAUUGGGAGGAGUCAGAUGCUGUGACGGACCACUAUGGGGAGGAGUCAGAAGCUGCGACGGACCACUAUGGGGAGGAGUCAGAAGCUGUGAAAACCAACUAUGGGGAGGAGUUAGAAGCUGUGAAGGACCACUAUGGGGAAGAGUCAGAAGCUAGUGCGUACAAGGCAGGAAGGACAGACGAGUCGUUUCUCAUUCAGAAACCUGCCAUCCGAGCCAAAUUAGAGGCACGAGCAGAUUCUCUUCAGGGGACCAACCCCGGGCAGCCGUCCGGUCUGAUGUUCAGAGAUGGAAAGAAGCGUAUCGAUUACAUCCUGGUCUACAGGAAGUCCAGUCCUCUGGUGGAAAAGAGAGUCACCUUUGAGAGGAACCUGAGAGCUGAGGGGCUGAUGCUGGAGAAAGUGCCGUCUCUGACCAACACGGACAUCAUGUUUGUGAAGAUCCACGUUCCCUGGGACACACUCUGUAAAUACGCUGAGCAGAUGAACAUCAGGAUGCCAUUCAGGAAGAAAAUGUACUUUACAGAUUGGAAGAGCAAAGUUAUGGGCAGGCAAGUGGAUUUACGUAUAAAGAGUUGGUUACCCAGCAACCCCAUGAAGCUGGACAAAGAGGCCCUACCUGACCUAGAGGAGACAGACUGCUAUACAGCCCCCUUCAGCAGGGCACGCAUGCACCAGUUCGAUCAACAACAGCAGAUGUUCUUCUCAGGGACGGCAGCUAUACUGUGUGACAUGUAUGAGGACGGGAAGUCCCAGGUUCGAGUGUUUUUCUCUUCUAUUUUCUCUUCUAUUGUAGGUAUCAACAGGUUAUUGGGCAAUGGGACAUAUGAGGCGGCAUUUCCUCCACACGAGGGUGGCUAUAGGAGCCGACACCCUAUUAAUACCCACGGUGCCCAGAACCACAGACACCUGCUGUACGAGAGGUGGGCUCGCUGGGGCAUGUGGUACAAGUACCAACCCCUCGACCUUAUCAGGCGUUACUUUGGGGAGAAGAUUGGGCUGUACUUUGCCUGGUUGGGCUGGUACACUGGCAUGCUGAUCCCUGCAGCUCUGGUGGGUCUCUUCGUCUUCCUCUACGGACUCCUUACUAUGGACACUAGUCAAGUCAGUAAAGAGAUCUGUGAGGCCAACACAACAAUCAUGUGUCCCAUGUGUGAGCAGAACUGCAAACCCUGGAAACUCAGUGACAGCUGUGUCUAUGCUAAGGUGACCCAUCUCUUUGACAAUGGAGGAACUGUGUUCUUUGCUAUCUUCAUGGCUAUAUGGGCCACGGUGUUCCUGGAGUUCUGGAAGAGGAGGAGGGCGGAGCUGACUUAUGACUGGGACCUCAUCGACUGGGAGGAGGAAGAGGAGAAUCUGCGGCCCCAGUUCGAAGCCAAGUACUCCAGGUUAGAGAGAGUAAACCAUAUCUCUGGCAAGCCAGAGCCCUUCCAGCCCUUCACUGACAAACUCAGCAGACUCAUGAUCUCUGUGUCUGGCAUCUUCUUCAUGAUUUCUCUGGUCCUGACAGCUGUGUUUGCUGUGGUGGUGUUCCGACUGAUUGCCAUGGAGAAGUUUGCAUCGAUCGACUGGGAGUUUGUCAAGAAGAACUGGCAGUUUGCCACCUCUGGAACGGGAGUCUGUAUCAACUUCAUGAUCAUCAUGUCUCUCAAUGUGGUAUAUGAAAAGGUGGCUUACCUUCUCACCAAUUUAGAACACCCACGGACUGAGUCAGAAUGGGAGAACAGUUUUGCUCUCAAGAUGUUUCUCUUCCAGUUUGUAAACUUGAACAGCUCUACGUUCUACAUCGCUUUCUUCCUUGGAAGGUUCGCCGGCAGACCAGGGAAAUAUAACAAACUGUUCAAUAGAUGGAGACUGGAGGAGUGCCACCCCAGUGGCUGUCUGAUCGAUCUGUGUCUACAAAUGGGAGUCAUCAUGGUACUGAAACAGAUCUGGAACAACUUCAUGGAGCUGGGUUAUCCUCUGCUUCAGAACUGGUGGUCUCGCAGGAAAAUGAAGCGGACAGAGAGUAAGGAGAGGACAGGAGGGGGACAGGAUGUGGAGAACAAAGUACAGCUUCCUCAGUGGGACAAAGACUGGAACCUGCAGCCCAUGAACGCCCACGGACUGGUGGAUGAGUACCUGGAGAUGGUUCUCCAGUUUGGUUUCAUCACCAUCUUUGUAGCUGCGUUCCCAUUGGCUCCUCUCCUGGCUCUGCUCAACAACAUCAUUGAGAUCCGUCUGGAUGCCUACAAGUUUGUCACUCAGUGGAGGAGGCCCAUGCCUGCCAGAGCCACAGACAUAGGUAUCUGGCACGGUAUCCUGGAGGGGAUCGGCGUUCUGGCUGUCAUCACCAACGCCUUCGUCAUCGCCAUCACCUCCGACUACAUCCCCCGCUUCGUCUACGCGUUCAGAUACGGACCCUGUGUGGACAAGGGAUAUCGUCAGGACGAAUGUCUGCGAGGCUACAUGAACAGCAGUCUGUCUGUGUUCGACAUGGGCGAACGCUGGAACGUGAGUGAGGAGCAGAGUAGAUACUGCAGGUACAGAGACUACAGAGCCUCUCCCUGGAGCCCAGUCCCAUACGACUUCACUCUGCAGUUCUGGCACGUCCUGGCUGCAAGACUAGCCUUCAUCAUCGUCUUCGAGCACCUGGUGUUCGGCGUCAAGUCGUUCAUCGCGUACCUGAUCCCGGACAUGCCCAAGAGUCUGAGUGACCGCAUGCGACGGGAGAAGUACCUGACGCAGGAGAUGAUGUAUGAAGCAGAGCUGGAGCACCUGCAGGAGGAGAGGAAGAAGAACGGCAGGAGAUGAUGUAUGAAGCAGAGCUGGAGCACCUGCAGGAGGAGAGGAAGAAGAACGGCAGGAGAUGAUGUAUGAAGCAGAGCUGGAGCACCUGCAGGAGGAGAGGAAGAAGAACGGCAGGAGAUGAUGUAUGAAGCAGAGCUGGAGCACCUGCAGGAG